CGGAGUCGUUUUGAGGUUAUCUAAUGAGAUAAUUAUUUUAUUGUUAUUUAUGAAACCAAUUUGUUUAAAAAUAUGGGUACAUCUGUAAGGAUGUUGUCCUGCAUGAUACUUAUACUAACAUGUGGAUUUAUAUGUGAAAGUGCUAAAAUAAACACUCCACGAGUGUUGCUACCAUGGUUUGAAAAUCAUUAUGUGAAUUUUACGUUUGAAAUUAUUGAGGGAGGCUGUUAUUCAUGGAGUUUGUCUCGCGAUGACAUCAUCGACUUAGAGCCUCUUUACGACGAUGCUUGGGGCCACUGUUCACGCAGUGCACGAGUAUCGGUAUCCAAAACAUGUAUACCGCCAGGUUCAGUCAUAAUUCUAGCUGAAGAAGUGAGCACUGGCGAGAUUUUAAGAGGUGACGUAGAUAUUGAUAAAAUUAGUUCAUUAAAAGUUUUGAGUACUACAUGGAAGCUAUAUUUAGAAGAGGCACCUGAAGCAUUUGAAGUUAUUGCUUAUGAUGAUCAAGGCAACAAGUUUUCAACACUAGAAGGAAUAAGUUUCAGUUGGACAGUAGAAAAUAUUGGAAGUACUUAUGGAGAUGAACCACUGGUCAUGCUAGUUAGAUGGAGUGACACAGAUUAUGAAGCUCCAAAAGGCAUUACUGAAAUAGAGGCGAAAGGACAGAGAGCACACUCAGUUUUGCUGUAUGGGCAAGCAAUGGGAGAGUCGAGAGUUACGGCAUGCCUUGGACAAAUUUGUACAGACUUCAAACUGCAAGUUGUUGCUAGUGUUGUAUUGACGCCUGCUACCGCUUAUAUUGUACGUGGUGAUGCUCUACGUUAUAGAGUUGUCCGGGCUAGAGCUGGAAGGCUUACAGUACAAGAUAUAGCUGAAACUCUGUAUACAAUGGCUAUACCAGAUCCCUCUAUUGCACAAUUAGAGGACACUAUAAGUCUUGUAAGGGGCACAGAGCUAGGCACAGCCCCCUUAUACCUAAUGUCUGGGUCCACUGAAGUCACAUCCGCAAUCCUAACAGUUGUUGAACCAUAUUCCAUUAGAGUGAACAUUCGGCCUUCAAAUUUAAUUAUACAAGGAGAUGAGUUUUCAGUACAUUGUGUUGUUUAUGACCAGGAUGGUCAUGCUUUAACAGCAGGUCAGGAUAUUUUGAUAAGGCUAUCUGUAGAGGGCGAGGCUAAUGUUGAUUUGCUGAGGUCUACAGAGAAUGGCACUAUUACUGAUGCAAUUGCACACAGCUCUGGGACAUUUACAGUGACAGCAAAGCUUUAUUCAAUAGCAGGAAGGAGUGUGUCGAAAAGGGUUGAGGGACAAGCUUCAGCAGUUGCUGUUAGUCGCGUCGAGAUUGUACCUCCAGAGUUAUUUAUUGCUUGGACAGAUUCAAUUCAGGAUAUUAAACUAAAACAUCGCGGCGGCGGUGACGAACCGGUGACUUGGACAGAAAACGAAAAUGGUCACAGUGCUCUUUCUCUGUCUGACAAUGGUGUAGUGACUGUGCGUGGAGUGGGACAGAUGGAUGUUGGCGUGCAUUUGACUAAAUACUCGUAUAUACGAGCGUCAGGAAGGGUUUGGUCAGCAGUGCCAGAAAUGGUGCAAGUAUCGAGUUCGGGACACGCGCGAGUUGGUAGACCACAUUAUUUGCACAUUGCACUAACAGCAACGCAUCCAUCCACUGGCGAACUGUAUAACUUCCACACAUGUGAUUGCAACUCAUUCGCUGUAUCUUUACUGGAGGGCCCGGAGCCAUUUAAUGUGACUGCAGUGCCCUGGAUGCAGCCAGUUGAGGGCGCUUGCUGCGUGGUGGAGUGCUGGUGGCGCUCGCGCGGCGUGUCUGCGGUGCGCGUGUCGCGGGGGCGCGCGGGUGACGUGGCGCGGGUCGCGGUGCGGGCCGCGCCUGCGCUCGUCUGGCCGAUGAGGGCUGCCGCACUCACUACUGCUACGCUGCCCGUACUUGCUGAAGGUGAAGCUCUUACGCCGCUGUCACUGGAGCCCCGCACCGCUGAUAUUGUUCCCAGAGAUGGUCAGCCGCCGCACAAGUACCCAGAUGUUCAACUUUUUACAAUGAAAUGUCGUAGGAAAGGCGAAGCUCGUCUCGAACUGAGUUCAGAAGUGGAAGGUGAGAGAGAAGCGAGCGAGUUGGAAGUUUCAUGCGCGCCGCACGUGUCCCGGGUCAAGUUGGAGCCCACUGAACCGCCGGGGAAUUGUUCCGCUAGCACUAGAGUAUGGAUACGCCCUGGUCAAGAAGUGUCUGUGAAAGUGACAUUAUACGACGCAAUCGGUAGGGAGUUGUUAGACGAACAAGGACCAAGGAUGACAUGGGAAACUCAACCUAAUCACAUUGGAAUAGAGUACAAAGCUACAGAUAGAAUGUUUGUCGAAACCAAUCCGGUAUAUGCCCCAGUACCUGUACCUAUGAAUUAUUAUCAGUUGGUAUCCGCGGAAGAAAACGCAAUUGGAUGGUCUGGAGUGUUGAAAGCUGAUAUUCCAGAAGCUUCUGCCACAAUACAAGCUAAGGUUGUGGCGCCUCUCAAAUGUGAGCCAAAUAAGGUGAACUUAGCGUGGGAGAGUGAAGUAGCCCCAAACAUAGCUACAAUCAGCGGUGGCAGUGGACGGUACGCUGUCGAGAGCCCGAAAGGUGUGACGGCAACGGUUGACAGUGGAAUAUUAAAUGCUAUAUUACCAGCGCCUGGGUCUUACGACUUGACCAUUGUUGAUUUGUGCGUUCAUGGGGAGCGGCAGACUGUUGAGGUGAACAUCGAAGAAGUGCUAAGCGUGGAGGUGUCAACGGCACGCGCUGUAUGCGAAGGCGCGUGUGUCCCAAUCAGUGCGCUGGUGCGAGGCGUGUCCCAUAGAUACUUGAGCAGCAGCCGCGAUCCGGAGUGGCGGACCAGUGGCGAUGUUGUGGUCAAGGGGACCAACCUGUGUGGCCUGAAAGAAGGUUCUGGAAGGGUCAGAGCGUCGCUGGCUGGCGUGUGGAGUUCGGAAGUUGAGGUCACGGUGUUCCCCAGUCUUCGUAUAGUACCUGAACGAUCGCGUUUGCCCCCCGGAGCCAGAUUACAGCUGCGACAUGCAGGUGGACCUCCGAUGCAUCUCGCCAGUUUAACCUACAAACUUAAACAAGGAAACUCAUUUGUUGAGGUAUCGCCAACAGGAGCCGUGCAGGGAGUAAACUUAGGUUCGGCGCGUAUCGUUCUUAUCGCCUCCGAUAUAACUAACGUUGAAUUGGCCACAGCUGAAGCUGAAAUUGAGGUAGUGCCAAUAACGAACCUCCGGGUGCGCGCGUCCACGCAGACGCUGCUGGUGGGCCAGCCGGCGCGCGUGUGGGUGGAGGCGGCGGGGCUGGGCGCGGCGGCGCUGUGGGCGCUGCACCCGCCGCCGCGCGCCGCCUGGACGCUGCGCGACCCCGCCGCCGGGGCCGCCGGGGCCGCUACGCUCUACACCGCGCACGCUAUGGAUAUGUUAGAGAGAACGGCCGCAGAGGGAUUGUCGAUACGCGUGGUGCCUCUGAAAGCCGGCGUUAUAACUAUCGACGUUCGAGUGCGGAAUAUGGGACAGAUAUCCGAAACGCGUUCCUGGGAUAGCACAAUCGAGAUCCUUGCUAUAACAGAUAUCAAGACAUCAGUAGAAGGCUUAUCAAAGGAGGUGGCCACCGGAGAAAGACUUGCUCUGGCUGUAGGAGCCACUGUGAAACUGCACUCAGCUCCAAGAAGUAACUGGGUGUCGUAUGAUGAUGGAGCAUUUGAUUUGAGACCAAAUGGUGAGCUGGUUGCUAUGAGACCGGGACAUGGGGUGGCUGUAGCGAGGCAUAAAGAUGAGAGGAAUGGAAUCCAUCGGGAGAGUAUAAUCCACGUGGAAGUGGCCACCCCGCACUACUGCACCGCCGAGCCGUCCGGCGAGGACGAGGCCGGGAUACGGGUGGUGUUGCGCAGUGCUAUAGGACGCCAGCUGAUCGGGCCGCAAGCCAACACCUCGGUGGCGCCGCCUCACGUUGCGCAUGCGCGACCCGCUGCGAGUGGUCUCGGAACGGAACUGUUGCUAUCGAACAUAGAUGGAACCGGCGCGUUUAUGGGAUUCCACAGUACUAUUGGAGGACAUACCGUAUCUGAUGAAGUGUGGGUCUCAUCUACCGACGCUAGUGUAAACAGGAUAUUAGCGGUGGGCGGGUGGGUGGUGUGCCUGGAGGGCGUGGGGUGGCGCGGCGGCGGCGCGGUGCGCGUGCAGGCGGGCGCGGGCGCGUCGCUGGCGCUGCUGGCCGCCGCCGCGCCCGCGCGCCACGCGCUGCGCCGCGACCGCCCCGCCGCCGCCGCCACCGUGCAACAGCUGCCUAUCAAAAAGAUGGAAUUUAUACCCGGCGAAUGGCCUGCAUCAUUCGUGCCGCUGAUAAUAGACUCCGACCUGGGCACCGGGCCGGUGCUCUGUACUGAGGAGCAGAAGUACGCGCUGGAAGGGGUCGAAGUCGAGUUGCCAUACAUAUGCAGGACCAAGCCUCCGCAUACUGCACAACCAGUUUUGGAUCUGAAGAACGGUCAAUUGGGCUGCUCAAUCAUACCAGCUAUACAGAUCACACAAUCCUUGGAGCUCGAUUUGUGCGCGGAAUGGGAAACAUUCAGAACAUGCACCAAAGUCCUCCUUCUGCCAUUGAUACAUGUCUCUGCGAGUAAAGUGUCGCUACUCAACCCUCCAACAAUAUUCACUAUAACUGGUCAUCCGCAAGCUAUGAAACACGUCAAGAUGACCGCAUCUCCAGGCCUGAAGAUAGAACCCAGCAUAAAGGACAGUGAAAUUGUGGUGACAGUGAAAAGUGAAAGUGAUGAUUGUGGGCUUGGUUGGGUUAACGUGGUGUCGAGGUUGACAGCGCAAGACAUCAGGGUUGAUGUGGAAAGGGAGUGUGAUAUUGCGUGCGGUACACUGCUCGGAGCUUUGUUCUCUUUGCUGAGACCAUAUUUGUCAACUAUUAUAACUGUAGCUGUUAUGGCCGCUGGAUAUUGUUAUGUACAAUCAAAACUACAACAGAAGUCGCCGAUCCGUUUACCAACCGAACCGGUGCAAACGGUAUUACCGGAAACGCCGCCAUUGCGCCAGAGAAGCUGGUCCAGAAGCCCAUAUGCCUCCAAUGGACCCAGUACUCCCAUAUAUGGGGAUGCCAGUAUGUUACCAGAUACAAGUUUUUCACCAACAUCAAGGAUGCACUCGAGAAUUCUAUAGCAGUGAAUGUGUGAUUAGUGAUCAAAGACAAUAAAUUAACUAAGUGAUUUUUAUGUCUAUAAACAAGAGUGUUGCGUACAGCUCGCUUUUCAUAUGGUAAAGGAAGAUGUUUAUGGAUAUUGUUGUGUGGUAUUAUCGGAAAUGUGUUGUUAAUUUAGGUUGUUUACUCGUGAAAGGUUUUGUUGUGUGUUCAGUCAUUAGUUUUAGAUUUUUUUGUGGGCAAAAUAAAGAACAUGGGUAACUGUCCAAUAAAUCUUAGGACCGAAGAAUGAAACUUCAGGCAGGCAAUUUUUUUUAUUUUUCUAUUAUAAUAACAAUUAAAGUCUCAAAAUAAAAAUUUGUUUUGAGUGAAACUAGGCUGUUACAUUAAUUCUCUUUCAUUAAAUAUAGUAUUAAUGCUUUAGUUUUUAACUGGAGGACCUUGUGUGAUUUUUUAAGAAUAAAAGAUAUUGUUUUUGUUUAAACAUAUGAAACGUUAAGAGCUUCUUGGAUGUGUAAAUAGUUAGUUUUUACUUAUUUAAAAUCCGAAAUAUUUAAAUUGUGAAAAUUCUUUAUUUACUUCAAACAUGGCAGAAAUAUUUUAUAAGGUUAAUACAUGCAGACAUGCAAAAAAUGAAUAAUUUGUACUUAUAUUUUAUAUAGGUAGAUAUUAGUAGUGCUGUUAAGUUAUCAUUAUGACAUAUUAUCUUAUAAAUAUUUUGACUAACUAUUAUUCAUUGUUUUGUUUAAAGCAAAAUUAAAGAUUUGAAAUACAUUGGACUGCUACUUAUGGAUAGAGUAGAGGGAAAGCUAAGACAUUCAAGGCUCAGAAAGAGACAGAUAACCGCAAUGCUCUUUCUCAUUCUUCUGACGAAACGAACUGUUCAUAGUUUGCUUGAGUAGACACUCAGAAAGUGUUUGGCGAUCUCUCUCUUUUUACUGUAGGACAGCCUAUUGUCUGACAACUCUAGUUAUUUCUAUGAUACCUCUGUGAUUUCAAUACAUUGUUGGAUAUAUAAUAUUGUAUCUAUAGUAAUUUUCAUAUCGCUUUUUUUAUAAAUUCAAACUGAAAUUCAAAUGCUGACAUCAAAUCCAAUAUGACAUAAACUGCAAUUGUCAUUUUCCAUAUUAUAUUGUAGGAGUAAUUUAUGGUAUUUUUCUAGCUUGUAACAAUUGUUCAUAAUGUUUUAGUACAAGAACAGUCUGUAUACAAGAUAUAUGUUAUACAAAGUGCAUUUGAAAUAAUUACCUCUCAACAUUUUGUAUUCAAAAUAGUAGUGAUAAGGUUAACAUUGUAUUUUAGCAAUAAGUGAUGUCAUCAGUUUUAAAGUCAACAUAUGGCUAAAGAUAAGCCGAACUGACUAUAGUCUUAGACUUUUUUAUAAAUUUCUAACCUACCUCAUAAAUGGAAGGAGGUUUUCAAUUCGAUUGUAUUUUUUUUGUUUUUGUUACCUCAUAACUGGGUGAACCGAUUUCGAUGAUUCUCUUUUUAUUUGAAAGUUAGUUCUUCUUCUUCUUCCUAGCUGACAAUUUUAAGGCGGUUUAGUUUUUCGCGAAAAAUAAUAACAUUUCUUCAUUGCCAAGAACAGAUAACAAAUCAUUGUGAGGCUUCUCUAAAUUUUGCGAUAAAAAUUUUGUUUUUUGUAAAAUUGCAAUGUAAUUUCUAAAUAAUAUAUUUCAUAAGAUCAAAAAGUAACUUAUAUGUUAGAUUAAAUAACAACAAAUAAUGUACGAAAAUAUAAUAAAAAAAUGUUAAUAAUAAUUAAAAUAGGCUAUCAAUGACUUUAUUAUCUAGUCGUGAAACUGGGCCUUACUGUGAAAAACCGAUAAAUA